AUGAAUAACCUCCCUCCCAUCUCAGAUGCAGAUAUUGCGUACAGCAAUGCCUCGAAUCUUAUGGUCCAGGCAGGUACCAUUUUUGGGAUCGCUUUGGCAAUAACUCUACUACGCUGCUAUACAUUAGCAAUUAUAGCUUUUGGUUGUUAUGUUGCGAAAGUGCCCUUAGGCCCUGGGAAGCAUCUUGCCGUCAUACAACUGGAUCAACCUAGAUAUCGGCAACUACUCAAAGUCCGCUUGGUUCAUCAGAUCUGUGUUACUGCAGGUAUGACAGUGGUCAAGAUCUCUUCACAAAACAAACUGACAGUCUUGCAGCUUCGCCCGCCACCCAUGGGCACAGGCGGCGCAUUAUGUCUAAGUGUCAGUACCUUCAGUCAGAUUGCUCUCUUCAAUUCAAUCGUCAACAUCGCUACCGACUUCUUGCUCGCCCUCCUGCCUAUUCCGGUCAUAUUCAAUCUUCAAGUUCGAAUCCGUAUCAAAAUUAUGCUCGCUCUCGUUCUCUCGCUCGGUAUAUUUGCAUCUGUUGCUGGGAUAAUGAAAGCCCAUCUUGAUGUCGGUAUUUUAGCCGCCUCUUUGCCUACACUCAGGCCUCCGUUCAAUCGCUUUCUUGAAGCUGCGCGAUCAGUCGUACAGAGUCAGCCUACCACAACACCACGAUUCAGCUUCCGAGAACCCGGAUCGUUGGGAUAUGCAAAGCAAACAUAUGAGUUUGGCGAAGUACUCGAGUUAGGGCAAUAUAAGGUUGGAUGCGAAACGACGGUUAGGGUCUCAUCACGACUGCCGGAAGGUCACGAUGCGCGUUCCUGGCGUCUUGACAAAGCGCAUAAUUCUGAGAGUAUCAUGCCACCCAUUCAUGGUUAUGUGAGCCACUCGAAGGAUAUUCUGGUGACCAAAGAUAUAAGUAUUUUCCGACUAGAUCAUGCACACCAAGCUGAGGCUGUGUUCGUCGUCAGGUAUGCGUCUGAGCCAGUCUGCCGCGCCGUAGACACGCGAUAUGUGAGGCGAGAAUCGUUGCUGCAGGAGCAAGGAAUGCGGCAAAUUUCAGUUGCCGAAGGAAGCGCCAAGCACGCUCAUCGCAUCGCGCACAUGGAGUACUUGCAACGAACACCCCAUUGUAAAUUUCAUAGGUUGUCGUAUCAGAGUCCCGGGUGCCACAGAUUCUUCUUAGCGAGAUGA